CUUUGUAACAAUAAUGUAUCUCCUUGCUAUGUGGUGUGAUUUUUACACCAUAUCUGUUGCUUGUGACGUCACCAUAACAGUUAAAUAUGCACUAAUAUCUAUAGCUGUAUGCACGGUAAUAUCGGGCUUCGAAUCGCGCAUAUGAAACACCUGCAUUGCUACUUUUUGGCGAUAUUACUGUGCUUGCCUACGACAUGCCAGGAGUGCUUACGCGGGGUGUUCGAGUGUGUGGCAGUGUAACAGCCUAUACCCAGCCAGGCCCCUCCUCCCUGUGGCCUGGCCCCUACGUGAUCAGGCGGAAGUGUGCUCUCUCCUUUCGGGAUUAAAGGGAAUUUGAAUCAAUUUCAUCAACACGCGUCUUCUCGAACAGUACACAACACAUGCAUAGCGCUGUGUGCGCGAGAAGAAAGGCGCUAAUCAAACAAUUUCCUGGGUUGGUCUGCGGCGUUAGCGCGAGACGAAGGCUCGGUUCGUGCCUUUUUCCCUCGGAGGUUCCAGAAAAGCCGAGGCUAUGGAAAAACACGGUGCAUUCUUCUAAAGAAAGGCUGCUUUGGAGAGGUACAUGUAUACCUCGAACAGAUUCGAUGGUGGGACUUUUCAGGGGAACAUUUAAAAGAAGAGCAGAAUAUAUCCGCGGGUAUCUGGCACUGUGUGCGGAGUCGCAUUGCUUCUGAUCAAAUGCUUUGAUGAAUUAUUUAAUUGCUUCUGGGUCGACUUAACUGCUGUCGAUUGACUGGUUUGACGUUGCGGAAGGGGAUUCGAUGGUGGACUAGAAAGGAAAAACAAUAUUUUGCGCGAGGAAAAGCAAGAUAAAUUAAUGUUUUGAUUCAAGAAAUUCAUACCUCAUUGAACCCCGUAGUCAUGCGGUGGUGGGGGAGGAGGAUCGGAGUAGCAACCACACAGCGGAAUUUAUGUUUCACAAGAAUGUUGCUGCUGCAUCUGGCAGAGUUAUAAAAUGCCUCUAUAAUGACUACAGAUCUUUAAUUUUUAAACGAACGGUAAAACUUUGCACUAUUUGGCAGGGAUGAAAGGCAAUUAACAAAGUAAUACUAGUUGAGCCAAUUCGAUUGCGCAGGCAAAUUGAGAAGGCUGAACCAGAAAUGUUUUGAAUUUUAGAAAUUGCGCGUAGAUUUGCCUUGAAUACCGUUUAGUUAAAAGUUUGCAUGCAGUAAUAGACAAUUUGGACGUCAUCGGUAUGUCAGUACACGUUACUUUAUGUCUGGUCCAAGCAAUUUCUCUCCAAAAAGUAACAUUCUGAAUGUUGAUUUUUAAUAAAUUAAAUUAAGAAAACUUAAAACCUCUUUCAAAUCUGACCUCAACAACUAGUGUUUUGCUACAGUUCUCAACUGGAAAGCAGUUUAGCCUUAAAAAGGCAAAUGUGUGCUUCUGUGCAGCAUAUGUUUUAAGUUGAGCCUGCUUUCCAUUAGUUGUAUUGCAAAUGGCUUCAUUCCCCGAGUCCGAUCUACAGACAUGUCCACUUUGCAAGGAACUGUGCGGGUCUUCUGCUCCGAUCUCCUCCAACUCGUCUACCUCCUCAUCCUCGUCUCAGACCUCCAGCUCCUCUACCUCAUCCGCCCGAAGGCUCCAUGUUCUGCCCUGCCUUCAUGCCUUCUGCAGGCAGUGCUUGGAGGGGCAGCGUAACCCGGGGGACCCCUCCAAGCUACGGUGCCCGACCUGCGACCAAAAAGUCUCAAUCUCCGAGUCUGGGGUGGACUCUCUGCCGUCGUCCAAUUUCCUCUUCAGCAAUCUGUUGGACGUGGUGGUGUCGUCCGAAGAGCAGAACAAGAACGGCUGCAGGAGCGGCGGCGGCGGCUACCACCACCCCCACCAGGGCCUGCACCGGCUGCACCGGCUCGGGGACCCCCACUGCAGCUCCUGCGACGAAGGAAACCCAGCUACCUCCCACUGCCUGGACUGCCAGGAGUACCUCUGCGACAACUGCGUCCGUGCCCACCAGCGAGUCCGCCUGACCAAAGACCACUUCAUCGAGAGGCUGAUGGAGACCCUGCACCUGGCCAGUCGCACCAGCAACUCCAGUACCCCCGUCACGCUGUCCCAGUCCUUCCAUUCAAACUACCCGCUGCUGCCCAUCUUUCAGGACCGGAUGAGCUUCUGCCAGCACCAUGACAACGAGGUGUUCCGUUUCUUCUGUGACACGUGCUCCGUGCCCAUCUGCAGGGAGUGCAGCGUGGGCCGCCACAUGGGCCACAGCUUCAUCUACCUCCAGGACGCGGUCCAGGACUCCCGGGCCAUCACCAUCCAGCUGCUGGCCGACGCACAGCAGGGCAGGCAGGCCGUGCAGCUGAGCAUGGAGAAGGUGCAGGCCAUCGCCGAGCAGGUGGAGAUCAAAGCGCAGGCGGUGCAGACGGAGGUGAAGGCCGUGGCACUGAGGCACAAGAAGGCCCUGGAGGAGCGCGAGUGUGAGCUACUGUGGAAGGUGGAGAAGAUCCGGCAGGUGAAGGCCAACUCCCUCUACCUGCAGGUGGAGAAGCUCCAUCAGAACCUGAGCAAGCUGGACAGCACCAUCGCGGCUGUGCAGCAGGUCCUGGAGGAAGGUCGCAACAUGGACAUCCUGCUGGCCCGCGAGCGCAUGCUGGCCCAGAUCCAGGAGCUGAAGGGCCUGCGGGGCUUGCUGCAGCCCCAGGAGGACGACCGCAUAAUGUUCACGCCCCCGGACCAGGCACUCUUUAUUGCCAUCAAGUCCAUGGGCCUGAUCAGCAGCGGCGCCUUUGCCCCCGUCACCAAGGCCACCGGCGAAGGCCUGAAGGGGGCGCUGAAGGGCAAGGUGGCCUCCUUCACCGUGGUGGGUUACGACCACGACGGCGAGCCCCGGCUGUCCGGCGGCGACGGCAUCUCGGCAGUGGUGAUGGACGCCGAUGGCAACCUGUCGGCGGCCGACGUGUCGGACCACCAGAACGGCACGUACACAGUGAGCUACUUGCCGAAGACAGAGGGUGAGCACCUCCUCUCCGUGUUCAUCUGCAACCAGCACAUCGAGGGCAGUCCCUUCAAAGUGCUCGUCAAGUCGGGCCGCAACUACGGGGGCGUGGGGGUGCCCAUGGCCUCCUUCGGUGGGGAGGGUGAAGGGGACGGCCAGCUGUGCCGGCCCUGGGGCAUCUGCGUCGACAAGGAGGGCUACGUGGUCGUGGCCGACCGCAGCAACAACCGCGUGCAGAUCUUCAAGCCCUGUGGAACCUUCCACCACAAGUUUGGCACCCUGGGUUCCCGCUCUGGGCAGUUUGACCGUCCUGCCGGCGUGGCCUGCGACUCCCAGAGGAGGAUCAUCGUGGCCGACAAGGACAAUCACCGUAUCCAAAUCUUCACCUUCGAGGGCCAGUUCCUUCUGAAGUUCGGGGAGAAGGGAAGCAAGAACGGACAGUUCAACUACCCCUGGGACGUGGCCGUCAACUCGGAGGGGAAGAUCCUGGUCUCUGAUACCCGCAACCACCGCAUCCAGCUCUUCGGGCCGGACGGGGCAUUCCUGAACAAGUAUGGCUUCGAGGGGGCCCUCUGGAAGCAUUUUGACUCUCCCAGGGGCGUGGCUUUCAAUCACGAGGGACACCUGGUGGUGACGGACUUCAACAAUCAUCGGCUGCUGGUGAUUCGGCCGGACUGCCAGUCGGCCCGCUUUCUGGGCUCCGAGGGCACGGGCAACGGGCAGUUCCUUCGCCCGCAGGGGGUCGCCGUCGACCAGGAGAACCGCAUCAUUGUGGCAGACUCCCGCAACCAUCGGGUCCAGGUGUUCGAGCCUAAUGGCAACUUCUUAUGCAAGUUUGGCACUCAGGGUAAUGGCUUCGGGCAGAUGGAUCGCCCAUCCGGCAUAGCCAUUACACCUGAUGGUGUAAUUGUUGUUGUUGACUUUGGAAACAACCGAAUCCUCAAGUUCUGAAAGGCUCUCUCAGUUUGUAAUUAAAAUGAUGGAGGAGAUGAUUAAAUCAAUACAAGAAAUUUUAAGGUACCCAUUAAGAACAGUCUGUCUAGAUGAGGGAAUCGAUGAUCGCCAACUACCAAGGAAAGUCCCCCCCCCCCCCCACUCCCUUCCAUUUUGGGUGUCCCAGAGCUGAUUUGUUUGGUAUACUGUAUGUGCUGUAGGGAGUACUAGAAGGUUAAUAUAGUCAUUUAAGCAGUAUACAUCCAUUAGAAAACCAUCUGGUCACAUAUGGUUGUCGCUUGUCCCGCUAGUAAACAAGGCUGGCCUUAAUACGUAUCUUAAUAUCUCCUUCACUGACCAUCUCAGGGAAAUUCUCGCAUUCUUGAAAUAU